GCAAAAGCCAUCCGAUCUCAUCUCAUCUCAUCUCACCCUCGCCGCGCGCCGAGGAAGACGCGCAUCUCCUCUCUCCCUCUAUAUAAGCGCGCGCCUCGCCACCUCACCCGAAGAAAUUCCCCACCAUUCCAUCUCUCUCUCUCUCGAAUCUUGAUCUCUCUCUUUCAUCGCCUCUUGUGUUCGCGCGCGCGAGCAGGGUGGUUGUUGUUGGUGGGGGUGCAAUGGCGGGGAGGAGCGAGCUGGUGGUGAGCUUCGGGGAGAUGCUGAUAGACUUCGUGCCGACGGUGGCGGGGGUGUCGCUGGCGGAGGCGCCGGCGUUCGUCAAGGCGCCAGGGGGGGCGCCGGCGAACGUGGCCAUCGCGGUGGCGCGGCUCGGCGGCGGGGCCGCGUUCGUCGGCAAGCUGGGGGACGACGAGUUCGGGCGGAUGCUCGCGGCCAUCCUCCGCGACAACGGCGUCGACGACGGCGGGGUCGUGUUCGACGCCGGGGCGCGCACCGCGCUCGCCUUCGUCACCCUCCGCGCCGACGGGGAGCGCGAGUUCAUGUUCUACCGCAACCCCAGCGCCGACAUGCUCCUCACCCACGCCGAGCUCAACGUCGAGCUCAUCAAGAGGGCUGCCGUCUUCCAUUAUGGAUCAAUAAGCUUGAUAGCUGAGCCCUGCCGGUCAGCACAUUUGCGUGCCAUGGAGAUUGCGAAAGAAGCUGGUGCGCUGCUAUCUUAUGACCCGAAUCUCAGGGAGGCAUUGUGGCCCUCCCGUGAGGAGGCUCGCACCAAGAUCUUGAGCAUCUGGGACCAGGCAGACAUUGUCAAGGUCAGCGAGGUCGAGCUUGAGUUCUUGACCGGCAUUGACUCAGUAGAGGAUGAUGUUGUCAUGAAGCUAUGGCGCCCUACCAUGAAGCUCCUCCUUGUGACUCUUGGAGAUCAAGGAUGCAAGUACUAUGCCAGGGAUUUCCGCGGAGCUGUCCCAUCCUACAAAGUACAGCAAGUUGAUACAACAGGUGCAGGUGAUGCGUUUGUUGGUGCUCUGCUGCGAAGAAUUGUCCAGGAUCCAUCAUCGUUGCAAGAUCAGAAGAAGCUUGAGGAAGCGAUUAAAUUUGCCAAUGCGUGCGGAGCAAUCACCGCCACAAAGAAAGGGGCAAUCCCAUCACUGCCCACCGAAGUUGAGGUCUUGAAGUUGAUGGAGAGUGCUUAGAUCGAUCAGUAGCAUUAUGGUCACUAGCUUCAGCUUCCGCAAAUUGUAUUGUAUGCUGAUCUGGAUCAGGAGCAGGGGGGUACUCCAAGAUGCCUGCCUUUUUGUUGCCAACUUCCCUUCCUGGCAGGAUUUUUGAUUUGGAACUCUAAUUUGAAUAAGCAGAGCCGUUCAAUGUCAGUUUCUACUAUAUGAUUAAAUAAUCGGUCCUUAAUUGUAAUGCAUCAUUCUUUUUUUUUUUUUAACUGAAUCCUUGUUCCAUGCUGUAUGAACUCCUUUGAGUUCCAUUUGUAUAUGGUGCUCUUGCCAUUAUAAGAGUAGUGUUUGGUCCAAAAUUUUGUCAGACAAACAGAAUUAUAGUUACUUCUUAUGUGAUCAUACA